AUGGAAAAUAUCAUAGAGUCUGGUAGUCAACCUUCCAACUCUUCACUUCAUGGAUCUACAGUGGUGGAAGCUCAGACUGUUGAGAUAAAUAAUGAUCAACAGAAUGUGCAACCUACUGUUGCGGUUCUUCCGAAGAAAAGGAAGGUAGUUGAAUCCAGAUCUCCUGUGUGGGAUCAUUUUGAAAAGAUUGUUGAUGAGAAUAAUGUUACUGUUGAGGACACAAGGCAAUCACUUCUGACCUUUCAAGCUGUUACCAAUUCUGAUGCAUCUCCUGCUACUGUUGAUUUGUUGAAGGUCCUGGAUUUAGGAAGUUCAUUCAUACAGUUCAUUCUGGUAUGUUGUCCUAGGUUUAAGAUUCCAUCAAGAUGGACAAUUAGUAGGGAUAUCAAUUUGAUUUAUGAAGAGGAAAGGCUCAAGUUGAAGUGCAUGUUUAGGGGAAACACUCAAAGAGUCAGUAUUACUACUGACACUUGGACUUCUAUUCAGAGAAUUAACUACAUGGUAGUUACUGCUCACUUUAUAGAUGAAGAGUGGAGGCUAAAUAAAAAAAUUAUUUCAUUUGUCCCUGUCACAUCACACAAAGGUGAGUCUGUUGCAAAAUCCCUUGAAAACUGUUUGCUGGAUUGGGGUAUUAGAAAUGUCUACACUAUUACAGUGGACAAUGCAUCAUCAAAUGACACUGCCCUAGGUUUUUUAAAAAAGAAAUUGAUGUCUUGGGGAACAUCUACUGUGAAGGGCAAGUACAUUCACAUGAGAUGCAUUGCCCAUAUUUUGAAUUUAGUUGUGCAAGAUGGGCUAAAACAGUGUGAUGAUUCUGUGAAGAAGGUUAGGGAUGCUGUAAGGUAUGUGAGAAGUUCACCUGCUAGACUUAAGAAAUUUAAGGACUUGUCUGAAUGGCUUGGGAUUGAAAAGAAAUCUUCUCUGUGUCUAGAUGUUCCAACCAGAUGGAACUCUACAUAUCUUAUGUUACAAUCUGCAGUAUUUUAUGAGAAAGUGUUUUAUUCACUUGAAGAAAGUGAUUCUUCCUUCAAAUCAGAUUUAGGUGAUUCUAUUCCUAACUUUCUUGAUUGGGAGUCUGUGAAGAGUUUGGUGAAUCUGUUGAAGUGUUUUUAUGAUAUGACAAUAAGAAUUUCAGCUGGUGGUUCUGUGAAAUUGAUGGGGGAAACUAUGAAGGUUAAAUUUGAAAAGUAUUGGGGGGAUAUAGCUAAGAUGAACUUGAUGAUAUUCUUUGCAAACAUUCUUGACCCCAGGGACAAAUUAGAGUACAUGCCAGCACAGAUCUUACACAUGUAUGGUGAGUUAAAAGGUAAAACCUACUAUGAGAAAGUGGUUGCAGCUUUUACAGAGUUGUUUGAUGAUUAUGCUGCCUCUGUUGUCCCUAUUGCUCCUGUGAUUCCUUCUACUGUUGUCCCUACUGUUUCUGUCAUCUCUUCUACUGAUUCUUCACAGUCUAAUGUUGGGAAGCCCCAGGGUUUGUUAAAGUCCCAGAUUAAGAAACAAAGAAUGGAGAGUGGGGGAAAGAAAAAAACUGAGUUGGAAAUUUACCUUGCUGAGGCAUUAGUUGAAGAAGAAUCUUCUUUUGACAUACUUAGAGCAUCAACUCCGUUCCUGUGGGCUUUUGAGGAGCGGGAGAAAUUUACAUCAGGGAGGGUUUUAGAUCCUUUUAGGAGUUCUUUAACUCCUAAAAUUGUGGAAGCUCUGGUUUGUACUCAGGAUUGGCUUAGACUGCCUAAUACCCCUAUAUCAAUUGAGGAAAAUCUGGAGGAAUUGGAGAGAUUUGAACAAGAAUUGGGUGCUGAUGGUGAGAGUGGAGCUGGGAGGAUUGGUGGUUCUACACUUCCUACGAUUCCUGAAGAAGAAGAACAGUAG